GGUUGCUGAAGCCUCUACUGAGACUUUGGACGUGUUCAACAGUAGCCCAGGAUGCUGUACCUAGCUGUAGCGCUGUUGGUCGUGGUGUCGGUCGGCGGUCUCUCGCUGCCUCAACAGCACGUCGAGUAUGGCGUCAUGUUCGAUGCAGGCAGUACAGGCACGAGAGUCAGGAUCUACAGCUAUACCUGGGACAAUAGCGUCCCUCUGGGGAUCAAAAACAUGGUGCAGGUGUCCAGUAUGAAAGUCCGCCCAGGUCUAUCCUCGCUGCUCAACAACGUGUCCGGAAUCCAGAACUAUCUCCAACCGCUCAUGGACAUGGCAAGUAGCAGCGUGCCCAAAGCUCAGCAAGCGGAGACGCCCAUCCUCUUUAUGGCCACUGCUGGGAUGCGCUUCGAACCCCAGGAUGAAUCCGAGAAAGUGUUGGAUGAAGUUCGUCGUCUGUUCAGACAUCCCUCGUUCAACCCAUUCAACUACACACAGCCCAAUGUGCAGGUGAGACCUGUAAACGAGACUGCUGGAAUUAUGGAGAUGGGUGGGGGGUCCACACAGAUAGCCUUUAUCCCUGAGGAUCAGCCCUACGAAGGGGAAUACUCUGUGAUCCUCGCCAAACGCAAGUUUGACCUGUACGUUCACAGCUAUCUCAACUACGGCACCAACGGCAUACAGAGACAGGUGGCGGAGGAGUUGGUCAGAAUACAGGAACCUGACAACCCGUGUGUUCUUAAAGGUGAUUCCAAGAGUUUCCUCCUACAGAACGGGUCGUACGUGCAGAUGAACGGCACUGGGGAGCCCAACUUCUGUGAGCUUCUGUUGUGGCCCCUGAUUGAGCCCGAGUAUGGCAUUGAGUGCGAGCCCAAACCGUGCGCUAUCAAAAACCAGUAUAUGCCGGAGCUACCCUCCAUACCCUUCUACGCGCUGCAAGGUUUUGCCUACGCUGCAAAGGACCUCGGUGUGUUGGGAGAGGAGAGCUCUCUAGACCUCCGAAAGAUGCUCGAGAACGGAACAGAGUACUGCCGGCAG